UGACCCACAAUGCUCAGAGAGCCAGAGGGAGGAGGAGGUGGAUGGUGAGGAAGAGGAGCAGAGGAGGCGUGCCAGAGAGGGAGUGGUAGACAUCACACUGCUCUGCAUGAAGCAGUUGAAGCAGGAGGAGCUGGCCGACUCACUGCAGAGCAAAAUUAUUGCUGAUGAAUGCCAAGAUAAAAUCAAGUCUCAUCUGAAGGCGAAGACCAAGUUUGGGUUCGAGGGAAUCGCUAAAGCAGGAGAGUCAAGACCUCUGAAUGAGAUCUACACAGGGCUCUACAUCAAUGAGGGAGGCAGUGGAGAGGUCAACAAGGAACAUGAGGUUAGACAGAUUGAAACCACUUCCAGGAAACCAGCCAGGGAGGAAACACCAAUCAAAUGUCAAGACAUCUUUAAACCCAUAUCUGGAAAACAAUUCAGGACAAUAAUGACAACUGGAGUGGCCGGCAUUGGGAAAACCAUCUUAACACACAAGUUCACUCUGGACUGGGCUGAAGGCAAAACCAACCAAGACAUACACUUCACAUUUCCCAUUACUUUCAGAGAGCUGAAUUUACUGAAAGAUAAAAAGUUUAGCUUGGUGGAACUUCUUCAUCAAUUCUUUAUUGAGAGCAAAAUAACAAGAAUCUGCAGCUACGACCAGUUCCAAGUUGUCUUCAUCUUGGAUGGUCUGGAUGAGUGUCGACUUCCUCUGGACUUCAAGAACAACCCGAUCUGGAAUGAUGUCACAAAGUCCACCUCGGUGGACGUGCUGCUGACAAACCUCAUCAAGGGCUACCUUCUUCCCUCCGCUCGCAUCUGGAUAACCACACGCCCUGCGGCAGCCAAUCAGAUCCCUGCUGAGUGUGUUGGCAUGGUGACUGAGGUGAGAGGGUUCACCGACCCACAGAAGGAGGAGUACUUCAGGAAGAGAUUCAAAGACGAGAAGUUGGCCAGCAAAAUCUUCUCCCACGUCAAGACAUCACGAAGCCUACACAUCAUGUGUCACAUCCCACUCUUCUGUUGGAUCACCGCUACGGUUCUGGAAGACUUCUUCAAAAGAACCCAGGGUGAAGAAGAGGUGCCAAAGACCAUGACUCAGAUGUACAGCCACUUCCUGAGGGUUCAGUCCAUCCAGGGGGACCGGAAGUAUCAUGGGAGAGCUGAAACAGAUCCACAAUGGAGUUCAGAGAGCAGGGAGAUCAUUGUUUCUCUCGGAAAACUGGCUUUUAACCAGCUGGAGAAAGGCAACCUGAUCUUUUAUGAGGCAGACCUGGCAGAGUGUGACAUCGAUAUCACAGCAGCCUCAGAUUACACAGGAGUGUUCACCCAGAUCUUUAAAGAGGAGUGUGGGCUGUAUCAGGACAGUGUGUUCUGUUUUGUCCAUCAGAGCAUCCAGGAGUUUCUUGCUGCCCUUCAUGUCUUCCUGACUUUCACCGAGACUCAAGUUAAUCAGCUCUCAAAAGAAAAAACAACCUGGUCGUCUUAUUUUUUUAGAAAUAAAUUUGAUCUCUUCUACCAGAGUGCUGUGGACAAGGCCUUAAAGAGUGAGAAUGGACACCUGGACUUGUUCCUCCGCUUCCUCCUGGGCUUCUCUCUGGAGACCAAUCAAAUUAUCCUACGAGGCCUGCUCGGACAGACAGGAAGUAGCUCACAGACCAAUAAGAAUACAGUGUCUUACAUCAAGAAGAGGAUAAGUGGAGAUCUCUCUCCAGAACGAAGCAUCAAUCUGUUCUACUGUCUGAAUGAGCUGAACGACCGUUCUCUAGUGGAGGAGAUCCAACAGUACCUGACAUCAGGAAGCAUCUCCACAGAAUCUCUCUCCCCUGCUCAGUGGUCAGCUGUGGUCUUCAUCUUACUCUCAUCAGAAGAGGAGCUGGACGUGUUUGACCUGAAGAAAUACUCUGCUUCAGAGGAGGGUCUUCUGAGGCUGCUGCCAGUGGUCAAAGCCUCCAAAACAUCUCUGUAAUUCCACCAAUUACAAUACACAACACAAUAUACAUUACACUAGGAUGUAAACAUGAUAAUAAAAUCCGAAGCAUCUCUGUAGUUUCACUAAUAACAUUCAUUAUAACACACAACACAAUAUACA